GUGUGUGUUUGCGUGUGUGAGGCAGAUGCCUGUCAGAGUGUUCACCGGCCACACAUAUACUACAUGAGCCACAGAGAAUGGUUUGCGAGAUACUCAAUUGAUACACAUCGUGACCAGGAAAGGACUGCUGUUGACUCACUGCAGUAUUAAGCACCCACACUAUUCUGAGCUGCUGUGGUCUGGUUGGAACUGAAGGAUCCAUUCUUUCAUACACUCUAAACAGUCUUGCUGGCUAAUAUUGGAUGCCCCUGUUUAUUUGAAUGGUCACACUGAGUGCAAAUCACAAGGCCCAGUUUCUUUGACCAGAAAGGGAAGGAUUUUCAUGUAACACACCCCGCCAUGGACAGGAAGAGGAGUUGCACGCUCUGUGGAGGAGCUGUGAUGCUGCUGCUGCUGCUGGGUCACAUGACCAAUGCAUUAGAAGUGCCUCUAGAUCCUAAAGUUCUGGAGGGAUUGCCUCAGCCUCCCACAAUAACUCAUCAGUCCCCCAAGGAUUACAUCAUUGACCCUCGGGAGAACAUCAUUAUCCACUGCGAGGCGAAAGGAAAGCCUCAUCCCAGCUUUUCAUGGACACGUAAUGGCACUCAUUUCGAUGUGGAAAAGGAUUCCAAAGUUAUCAUGAAGCCCAACUCAGGCACUCUGGUCAUUGACAUUAGUGGAGAGAAGGCAGAGGCGUACGAGGGUGUUUACCAGUGCAUCGCCCGCAACGAGCACGGCUCUGCCUUGUCCAAUAACAUUGUCAUCCGUCAGUCAAGGUCCCCCUUGUGGUCAAAAGAGAAAGUUGAACCAAUCACAGUGCAGAGGGGUAUGUCUCUUGUACUGCAGUGCAGACCCCCAGCUGGCCUCCCUCCUCCAAUCGUCUUCUGGAUGGAUAACAAUUUCCAGAGACUUCCCCAAAACAGCCGUGUGUCCCAGGCUUUAAACGGAGACCUGUAUUUCUCCAACGUGCUCAUGGAUGACAACAGAAACGACUACAUCUGCUACGCCCGCUUCCCACACACUCAGACUAUCCAGCAGAAACAGCCGAUCACUGUCAAUGUGCUCGACAUUGAAGCUAUGAAUGACACUGUGUUGGCAGCUUUUUUGAAUGGCUCAGAUUUUUGGGGUGACAGUCCUUCUGGGGAGAGAGCGCCCACUUUCAUGCAGCCACCAGGAAUGCACAGUACCAGCAUGGUCCUGAAAGGAGACACACUGCAGCUGGAAUGCAUCGCUGAUGGCCUUCCAACGCCAGAUAUCUCCUGGAGCAAGGUGAACGGGGAACUGCCAAGCGGCCGUUUUUCAUUUCACAGUUUCCAGAAAACUCUGAAGAUAACAGAGGUGACAGACGCGGACGGGGGAGAUUACCGCUGUUUAGCCAGGAAUCGCCUGGGGAGCAACCAUCACAUCAUCACUGUAGUGGUCAGAGCGGCUCCCUUUUGGAUCAGUGCCCCUCAGAACCUCAUCCUGGCGCCGAAAGAAUCUGGGAUGCUCACCUGCCGGGCAGAUGGCAACCCUAAACCCACGGUCACAUGGUCUGUCAAUGGAAUUCCCAUUGAAAACUCACAUAAGGACCCCAGUCGGAAAAUUGAAAAUGGCAAUAUCAUCCUCAGUGCUGUUCAGACCGGCUCAAGCGCUGUUUACCAGUGCAACGCCUCCAAUGAGUACGGUUAUCUGCUGGGCAAUGCCUUUGUCAGUGUCCUGGCUGAACCUCCAAGGGUGCUGACCCCUCCAAAUCAUGUGUACUCAGUCAUCACUAACAGUAGAGCUUUGUUAGACUGUGCUUCGUUCGGCUCACCACUUCCAAAAAUCACAUGGUUUAAAAACGGUCAGAGCGUGGUGGAUGGAGACUUGUACAUCAUUCAUAAGAACAAUACCAUAGAGAUCAAUGUGGCUCGGCCAUUACACAGUGGCAAAUACACCUGUAUUGCCUCAAACAGUCUUGGCAACAAAGAAAAUCAUGUUUACCUGGAAGUGAAAGAGCCUACACGGAUCCUCAGACAGCCUGAGUAUAAAGUGGUCCAGAGAAAUAGUGUGGCUGAGUUUGAGUGUAAGGUCAAACACGACCCCACUCUCAUUCCCUCCAUGAUAUGGCUCAAAGACAAUAUGGAGCUUCCCGAUGACUCUCGAUUUGAGGUGGGCUCUGAUAGUCUGACUAUACGUGACGUGAGAGAGGAUGAUGAAGGCAACUACACCUGCAUCAGAAACACCACCCUUGACCAAGAUUCAGCCAGCGCCAUGCUCACAGUAGUCGAGGCCACACCAACACCACCUAUAAUUAUGGAGCAACCGGAUCCACCCACAGACCUGGAGCUGACAGACCAACGAGAGCACAGUGUUCGGCUUACAUGGACCCCUGGUUAUGAAAACAAUAGUCCUAUUCAACUGUUCCUGAUCCAGUAUGAAGAUUCGCUCCACAAGCCUGGAGUAUGGGUCAAUAUGACCGAAGUCUCAGGAACCAGAACCACAGUGAACUUGGAGCUUUCCCCGUAUGUGUAUUACUCCUUCAGGGUCCUGGCACUCAAUGAAGUGGGUCUGAGUCAACCCAGCGCUCCAUCCAGACAGUACAGAACCAGCCCUGCACAGCCUGACGUGAAUCCAUCAGACGUUGAAGUCAUUGGAACAUCACCUGACAGUCUGACAAUAACUUGGAGGGAGCUGACUGGACUGGAGUCGAACGGUCCAGGCCUACAGUACAAUGUGAGCUGGAGACAGAAAGAUGUGGAUCAGCAAUGGAAUUCACUCUCUCUGGCCAAUGUCUCGCAAUAUGUGGUGACAGGAACGCCCACUUUUACGCCUUAUGAAGUCACCGUGCAAGCGGUCAAUGACUACGGCCCUGGUCCCACACCAGAGGUAGUGCUGGGAUAUUCAGGAGAGGACUUACCAACUAUGGCCCCAGAGAACGUAAAAGUUUCUGUUCAGAAUGGGACGAUGGCUGUAGUGAGCUGGGACGCUGUUCCUCUUUCAACAGUACAGGGACGACUGAAUGGAUAUAAGGUGAGUUACUGGAAGUUGAGAAGCCUACACAAGCAAGACCCUGAGCCCAAGAAACCACAGGAGUUCAUCUUUCAAGAAAAUGAGACGGAGAGUCUUCUGCUUGGCCUUCAUCCCUACAGCCAGUACAACCUUAACAUUAGAGCCUUCAACGGGAAAGGAGAUGGACCCAGCAGCCCCAAUCAGAUAUUUGAAACACCAGAGGGAGUUCCUGGGCCUCCUGCAGAUUUAAAAGUUGAAAAUCUGAACCUGGACUCACUGGUUGUGAAGUGGGCGCCACCUGUAGAAUAUAACGGUCACUUGACAGGAUACUUGUUCAAAUACCAGCCUAUCAAUACAACAGAUGAACUUGGGCCGCUCAAAGAGCUGCUUCUAGCAGCAAACGAGACCAGCAUCACUCUGGACAACCUCAAGCACAGCACACGCUACAAGUUCUAUUUGAACGCCAAGACUGUCAAGGGCUAUGGCCCCACUGUCACAGAAGAGGGUGUCACAAUCAUGGACGAAGCAUUAAUUCGUCAUCCCGCAGUAGAGGCGGGAAAAGGCUCAGCCCCCCCUACACCACCACCAACCCCCCCUGUCACUCAAUUUUUGCAGCCCCCGUUUCACAAGGCGCCACCUGCGGGUCGGAUGUUUGGGAGUGUUAACUCCUCAGUGGAGGAGAACCAUGCUGUGAUAAGCUGGGAAUACUCGGGGCCGGAUAGGAAUGUUUAUGUGGAAUAUGUUGUUGAUAACAGUAAAGAUCCCUGGAAAACAGAGUAUGUAAAUGGCACUCGGACAUAUCAGAUUAGAGGACUAAAGCCGGGGAUGUCCUAUAGGGUUCGUGUGGUAGCCAAAGACCACUCAGACGCAACGGUCCACAGUACAGAGGAGCUGUUGAUUACAGUUCCAGCUAUGACUAGCAAGCAGGUUGACAUAGCCACACAGGGCUGGUUUAUCGGGCUGAUGUGUGCCAUUGCUUUACUGAUCCUGGUGCUCCUCAUCGUUUGCUUCAUAAAGAGGAACAAAGGAGGCAAAUAUCCAGUAAAAGAAAAAGAAGAUGCCCAUCAAGACCCAGAAAUCCAGCCCAUGAAAGAGGAUGAUGGGACAUUUGGGGAGUACAGUGACACGGAGGAUCACAAGCCCUUGAAAGGCAGCCGGACCCCAUCCAAUGGGACGGUCAAGAAGGACGACAGUGACGACAGUCUGGUGGAUUAUGGCGAGGGAGGAGACGGACAGUUCAACGAGGACGGCUCAUUCAUCGGCCAGUACAGCGGGAAGAAGGAGAAAGACACGGCGGAAGGCAACGAGAGUUCGGAGGCUCCUUCUCCAGUCAAUGCCAUGAACUCUUUUGUGUAACUACCUGGAAACGCCUCGUGACCUUUGACCCAUCCAACACCCCACCUCCUUGUCGCACCAUUAUAUGGAGAAUAGUCUCUAUUGCACUGUGACCCCCUGACAUCACACAGCAAAAGAAAUUAAGCAAUCACCCCAAAUGAAAGACUGAGAAAUUGUACAAUUGCGAGAAGAGGGCCAGUCCAAGCUUCAACGCGAUUGGUCCGAAUGAAAGUCACAUGAGUCUUACAGCGAUCAUAUAGGAAUAUAUAAAUUGACUUAUAUUUUAUUAAAAUGGCCCCAUUUACCAUCAGAUGGCAUUGUAUCACACCAUCUUGUCUCUUGGACUGGCAUGGAAUCAGUUAUUGACGUCACACCCAUGGCAAAUCAGCAUUAAGGUGCGGUCACAUUUACUGUUGUUCGGAAAUUUUUCACAGGCAAAAUCCAGUUGUUUCAGUAGGAAUCAGUGCGAUUGGGAAUUUUGCGUUAGGGCGAAAGAUUCCCCCACACAGAUUUCGCAACAGGUUCAGGUUUUCGCAGAUUCAUUGCGUCGACCACUAUUAAAAAAGUGACUUCUGUGUGAACAGUGAUUCAUGCAUUGCUACACUAUUGUGAAUAUGCAAUGGACCUUUACAGCGCACGAAUAAUAAUAAUCGCUAAUGUGACCGCACCUUUAGCCAGCGUUGUGGAGACCGUGAAGCUUGUCUGACUAUAUGAUACCCACUUUUGCUUCACACCAAAUGCCUGUUGCAUUCUGUCGUCAGUGUUCAAACCGGUAUUAUACACAUUUCAGGCACCAAUGUCUUUGUGGGCAUUGUUGUGAAGUAUGUAAUACGUGUAAAAGCUGUUCUUAGGCGUCAGAGGUUUUGAAUAUACACAAACAAAUCACAGAUUUAAAAAAACAGGUUGUCAGGGAUGGGAGGUAGCAUGUUUUGGACACACAAGCACUCUUUUCAGUCACACAGAUGUGGUUUUAUCCUUUUCUCAGUUCUCUUGUGUUUAUUUUUGCACCCUGUGUUUGUUUUAUAUACGACAAAACGUUUUCAAUGUUUUAUCCCUGAAGAAAAGUCAUUGAUAUAUUUAAAGAGUUAAGGUUCACUUCAUCCAGGACUGUUAUUGUGAAGGAAAGCCCCCCAGACUGCCAUGUAGCCACCUGUGACCCCACUUUGGUUGCCAGAAUUCACGCUGCUCUCGGUGAGGUAGUUCAGUAUGGGAUGCAAUGAAGGCCACUCAGCACAGUUCCUUAGUGCCUUGGUAGAAAACAUUAUUCUAUAAUCAAAAAACGGUUCCCUCUCAUAGCUUUGAGGAUAGCCCUCUUUUAUAUCAGUACUGCAAGUGAUACCCAAAUCCAGGGCUGAGUGAAGACCGCAAGACUCAAGGAAAUGAUGUCACCUACACAGCCGUCACAAAAUUCACCUCAAAUCGGGGUGAGGGGCAUCUCAUUCCCCUUAUUGACAGCUAAAAAAUACUGCCUUUUCUCUGAAAAGAGUGAACUGCUGUUGAUUGGUCUGAUUUGACACAUUUAUGGGAACUCAUAAUGGCAAUGGGAACAACCAACUGUGGUAUUUGCCGUAGAUCUCAACAUUUCCGAUACCAGUAGGCAGACAUAUACACAUUCUCACAUGUAACCGUUUUUUAAAUCAUGUUACUGCAUGUAAUGAAGUAUUAUGAGCUGUCGGGUGUAGUGAAAUCAGGGCUUCACUAAAUCGGAAGUGGUGCUGUCUUCAAAUAUGGCUGGAGUGUGUGCGGUUUAUGCAGGCAUGCAUGAAAAUAUUUGUGUGUAUGGAAUGAAUGUUUGUGAUGGCUAUGAAUGUGUGUCUGUCCACUGUAUAUAUAGGGCAGGCAAGCCUUUUGUUUUUUGUUUUUUUGGCAAGGCCCUAGAUUUUCAUGAUUUAGCUUGUCAUAACUUGCAUCAAGUUUUUUAGUUGGGAAUUGUCUGCUUUUCAAUGUAUAGAUCUGACAUUUGCUUUGUAAAUUUUCCAGCCAAAAUUAUUUUAGACACUUAAAAGGAUGCCGGGCGGCCGUGAAUGGAAAAGCUGCUGAGAUAUCCAAUCACAACUGAGCCCUUGAGCAUGACAGUACAUCCCAAGGCCAUCUAGGGGAACUGUCCCAACAAUUUGGGUGCUGAAAGUCACUUUGGAUUAAAAGAUAAAAGCCUGCUUAAAAAGUGACGACAACCCAUUUCCUGAACCCCAUGAGUCUGAAAAACGAAUCAAAAGAUGAUUAUACGUAAGGUAGCACUGCAGAAAACCACACAGUGUUCCACCUGAAUUCACACACACAUCAGCUCUUACUCUUUUAAUGGCACUGUUGUUUUCUUUUCUAUUUGACCAGGAGGUUUAUGACUUUUUUUCUGUAGGAAAAAUAAGAAAAUGGAUGCAUCCCCAAAGAAGGAAGCUGGAUUGCACUGGUGUGGGUGCAGAACAUAUUGAUGAGUUUUUGUCAGAGGGGGCAAAGACGAAUGAAACGUAGUGUGAAAUAAUAUUCGGGUUAAUGUGAAAGCUACAUGAAAAUAGAGCAUGAAAGGCUGUGAAAUGGUUUACUCUAUAAUAUAAUCGCAAGAAAAAAAAUAUUUUGUAUAUAAAAGAAUUAAAAUAAAUGUUGGUUUCCGGAUUUCACUA